CAGCAGUUGUCUGGGAGCUCACAGCCGAUGUGCCUCCAGGGGCCUGGGGGCCACGCUGUGUGUGGUGUGGGGGACCUGCUGCCCCAGCCCCCACCCCAGCCGUGCUGGCUCAUGCCCUCCGUGCUCCCUGCUGUUUCAGAGCAGACCUACUGUGACCGCCUGGUCCAGGACACACCUUUCCUAAUGGGCCAGGGAAGCCUCAGUGAGCAGCAGGUGGACAGGAUCGUCCUCCAGCUGAACCGUUACUACCCUCAGAUCCUCAGCAACAAGGAUGCAGAGAAGUUCCGGAACCCCAAGGCGUCCCUGCGCAUGCGGCUCUGUGACCUCCUGGGCCAUCUGCAGCGGAGCGGCGAGCGGGACUGCCAGGAGUUCUACCGGGCCCUGUACAUCCAUGCCCAGCUGCUGCACAGUCGCCUGCCCAGCCGGCUCGGCCCGCAGAACUCAGAUUGCACAGAGCUAGACUCAGGCACCGUGGGCCGCGAGCUCAGUGACAGGGGGCCCGUGGCCUUCCUGGCCUGCCUCGGCCUGGCCGCGGGGCUGGCGCUCCUCGUCUACUGCGGCCCUCCAGACCCCAAGGUGCUGCCGGGGGCCCGGCGUGUCCUGGGCUUCUCCCCCAUCAUUGUCGACAGGCACGUCAGCCGCUUCCUGCUGGCCUUCCUCACAGACGACCUGGGAAGGCUCUGACGCCCCCACCCGCCCGCCUGGGGGCCUGCCACUUCUUUUCUAAAUGCUUGUUUUUCACUAUUUAUACUUUUUUAAGAAAGUUACCUUCACCUGACAAAGGUACUCAACAAUAUUAAAUGUUGGAGUCUUGUCCUUUU